AUGGAACAAAUUGAAGAUGUCGAUGCAAUAGGAGUCUCAUCUGAAGAGAGAACGGUGGAUCCAUUAUUUGUCUCAAAAGACGGUAUAGUAUGGAAUCCCCAACCAGUUCACGAUCGUGCUGGAAGAUUACGGAAUGAAAAUGUCAUCAAUCUGCGUCCAGGCACAACAAGAUAUGCAAGAGCACGUAUCGAUGACAUCAAAGAUGCUUUUAUGUUGUUUUUCCCACCGACAAUUGAGAAUAUUGUUCUAAAGUGGUCAAACGCAUAUGCAAAGGAGCAAUAUGACGACAACUAUAUCGAAAUCAACUCAAACUUGUUACAUGCAUAUAUCGGUGUACUCAUUUUGGCUGGAGUUUACAGGUCAAAGAAUGAAACAAUGUUGGAUUUAUUCGAUGGUGAAUAUGGACGUCCCAUAUUUAGAGCGAUAAUGUCAAAGAAAACAUUUCAAUACAUGAAUCAUAUUAUACGAUUUGAUGACGUUAUGAGCAGACGUCAAAAAAGCUCUACGGACAAAUUUGCUCCAAUUCGAGAAAUAUUCGACAAAUGGUCUGAACUAUUGGCUGAUUAUUUCAAUCCAUCUGAAUGUGUUACUAUUGACGAACAAUUGCUUGGUUUUCGUGGUAGAUGCAAGUUUCGGCAAUAUAUGCCUUCUAAGCCUGAACAAUAUGGAAUUAAAUUUUGGCUAUUAGUUUGCUCUAAAACUUGUUACGUUUGGAAAAUCCAACCGUAUUUGGGUAAGCCAGUUGGUGGUUUAGCUGAAAAAAAUCAAGGUCAACGUGUAGUUUUGGAUUUGGUUCGUGGAUUGAAGGGCUAA